AUGACGAGACCGUCCCCUGCAGUUGCGGCAUUCCGCCCGCUCUGGCGGCGGAAUUUUUCCGUGUCAACAUCUAAACGUGGGAUUGAUAAAGUAUGCCCCUCCGCGAACGAAGCCGUCCAGGACAUGAAGGGUUCCUCGACCCUCCUGGUUGGUGGUUUUGGCUUCUCCGGUGUUCCCAAUACCCUGAUCAAUGCGGUGCGUGAUCGUCCUGAGGUUAAGGGUCUUACGGUUGUUUCGAACAAUGCGGGCAUGCCCGGUGCUGGUCUCGGGCAAUUGCUCGAAACUGGUCAAAUCAGCAAGAUGAUUGCGUCCUUCAUUGGUGAAAACAAAGUCUUCGAGAAAAUGUAUCUCAGCGGCGACCUCUCCCUCGAACUCACUCCCCAAGGCAGCAUUGCAGAGAAGUGUGCCUCUGGUGCUGCCGGUGUCCCUGCAUUCUAUACACCUGCGGCUUACGGAACAAUCAUACAAACUGGUGAACUCCCCGUGCGUUAUAACAAGGACGGAACGGUUGCGGAAAAGUCCAAACCCAAGGAAACUCGUGUUUUCAACGGCAAGGAAUACGUUUUGGAAGAAGCUAUCUUCGGUGACUACGCACUGGUUAAGGUGCACAAGGCCGACAAACUGGGUAACUGCCAAUUCCGCAAGGCUAUGAACAACUUCAACGAGUCUAUGGCGAAGAACGCCAAGUUUACAAUUGUUGAAGCGGAACACGUUGUCGACGUCGGUGAAAUCGCUCCGGAAAAUGUCCACUUGCAAGGUAUCUAUGUCAACAAGGUCGUUCAGAGCACUGAGAAGACCAUGAUUGAGAAGGCUACCUUUGCCAAGGACCCCGCUGAGAUGCUCAAGGCUGGUUCUGGUGAUGCUACUGCCCGUCGGGAACGUAUCGUCAAGCGUGCGGCUAAGGAAUUCAAGGAUGGAAUGUAUGUUAACCUUGGUAUUGGUAUGCCUUUGAUUGCUCCUUCAUAUCUCCCUGAGGGUGUCGAGGUUGUCCUUCAAGCCGAGAACGGUAUCCUGGGUCUGGGUGGCUACCCCCAGCCCGGUGAGGAGGACCCCGACCUGAUCAACCCUGGCAAGGAGACUGUCACUUUGGGCACUGGUGCUUCGCUUUUCGGCUCUCAUGAGAGUUUCGGUAUGAUUCGCGCUGGUCGUAUUGAUCUCACUAUGCUUGGUGCUCUGCAGGUCAGCCAGUACGGAGACCUCGCCAACUUCAUGCUCCCCGGUAAGGUCAAGGGUGUCGGUGGCGCCAUGGAUCUGGUCGCCAACCCCGAGAAGACCCGGGUCGUUGUGACCAUGGAACACGUCGACAAGAAGGGUAACCCCAAGAUCCUCCCUGAAUGCUCCUUCCCUCUUACUGGUCCCCGCUGCGUGUGGAAGAUCAUCACCGACCUGGCUGUCUUCAACGUCAGCCCUACUGAGGGGUUGACUCUCGUCGAGCAUGCUGAGGGUGUCUCGGUUGAUGAGAUCCGCAGCAAGACUGCUGCUCCUUUCAAGGUUGCCGAUGACUUGAAGCCUAUGCUGUAA